CUCACGGUUUCACCUCGAGGCUGGCGCACAAACCCCCCAUUGUGUCGUUCCCUCCUUCGCCCGACCACCUCACCGCUGUGAUGUGCACAGGAAGUUGCCUCCUCAGUCACCACGCAGCAUGGCCUCCCGGUGGUAUUAGAGGCGCUCAGGAUCUGACAACCUCACAGUGAUUCGUCAAAAGGAAAUGAGAUAACCAGGGUGUUACCAUACUGUCGGGACAAAAGCAGGGCCAGAAGUUCACAACAACCUCGUUUCGAAUCCCCUCGCCUGUUUGCAGGGCCAGGUCAGUCCUCGAAUUGAGUCAAUGGCCGUGGAGGAAAAACGCCACAAUAAUGUUGGCCGAAGAAGGAUCGUGUCGAGUACGGUACCCGGGCAUGCGUUGUCCAUGGCCUUGGUUUGAGGACUUGAGAAGGCCGGAUCUCUUCGGUUUUGGGCGGCUUGCUGCAUACAUAGUCCAGUCGCCUGCCUUUUCGCCCCCUUUCUCUAUCUAGCAUGUUUUGAUGUCUUUCUUGUUCUGCAGACUGUAGAUCUUUCUCUGUUGAUUUUCGUUGUACGACUUUACGAUAAUUAUUGUUCCUUACGGGCUCUCGCUCACUACACUUUACGAUAAUCUCUAGUCACACGAUAUCCUUCUCAUGCUGUUAUAGCAACAUCUCAGUUCACUCCAGAAUUCUAGCAGGGCUCGUCUUACCUACGUCUUCUGCUUUGCCUAGAGAAAGACGAGAAAUAGAAAGAGCAAGAGAGAUCCUCGUGAUAGUCCAUCAAGAACUACAAACAUAAGAUACCUGCUGUAUUUACAACGUUGUCUUGCCGAAGAACUCGGAAACAUCUCAGCACAACUCACCCAACAUGCCCCGAGCUCUUCUCCUUUUCCUCCUCCUGUUUGCUCUAGGACUAGAUGGCGUCUCAGCAAUCAACCUCCGAUACGCGCCCCUCGCACCGCCAAAACCAACAAAAGCCCCCUCGCGCAACGGCACAAACAUCUCGAACGACGACCUCAAAAGACGACAAGCCGUCUCCGUGACCUCCGUGUGCGGAUACUACAACGGCGACCCAGAAAAGGCAAGGACGGCUGAUCCGGGUUUCGGCUGCCGGCUCGAUAUCGACCGCGGCCUCUGGGGCUUCUGUCCCACGACCGUCAUCUCUGCCAAAGACUGCGGACUGGCCGGCAACUGCGUCGACUCGCAAAACUGCAAAUCCGGCUGCGGAAAGACGGGCAUCGCAGGCCUGACGACUUUCACCUGUGCAACAGAUAGAUUCUGCUCCACCGUUAUCCUCGAAGGGGGCUUCGAAGGAGGCUUCUCCUACAUUGCCUGCGGCAACGUACCGACAAUAGAAACGUUGUUCAAAGAAGCCAUCACCACCACUGAGACACCCACGUCUAUCAUCGCGACUACUGUACGCAUCAUACCCACAGACGCCACCACAAUACAAUCAACCACAUUGACUUCUUCGUUGACAUCCUCUCCUACCUCAACCACAUCGUCGGGCGUAUCUUCGUCCGCAACCCAGCCCACCUCGCCAGCGAGCCAGACGACCUCCCCCAUAGACGGAAACAAGUCAUCAUCCGACGGCUCAAGCAACACGGGCGCCAUCGUCGGCGGCGUCGUCGGCGGUGUCGCCAUCAUCUGCGUUACAGUUGUCGUUGCAAUCUACAUUAUGCGACGUAACAAGCGCACCACAGAGGAAGAAUCUCAGGAGAAAAAGCGGGGGAGCCGCUUCAGGUCGUGGGGACGGUCGUCCUCGAAACCUCCCAAUUAUGAACAGAGCGAAGCUGUUCGGACAGAUGCACAAGGAUUCGACUCUGGACAGAAUAAAAUGUACGCCGGGUGGGGUCCGUCUGAAGUAUAUGGAUCAGAGCCACGAAGGGAUCCCACGGCGGCCCCCGUUGAGUUGCCGGGCGCUUCCCCUGUAGAGCUUCCGAGCCGGAGAGGUUGA